AUGGGGCCUUUGCGAUUCCAGCUCAAUAUCCUGCAGUACAUCUUGGACUUCUCCAGCCUACAGCAGGAUGCUAUCAAUGAGGCGGAGGAACGCACACAGAUAGAGGAGGACGAGAAGAAGAAGGUGAAAACCCUGCAAGGGCGCGAGCCACAAGCCGAUGAACCUGUCGAGACGGUCGUGAUGAGUGAUGGACAGACCAUCACAAAUGAUCGCAAGUACAUGAAGAGCAUGGCAGAGAUCAACAGCAACACCGACGGCUCCAGCGAGAACGUUGAAAGCGAAGACGCGUCAGAUCAGGCUCUCAGCAAUGUGAGUAGCGGCGGUGGCGCUGCCUCGCCCGCGUCCUACCGGGGAGCUAACACGCGUGUUGCACGGCAUCGUUCGGAGCAUGCCGAUGGCAUUCCCAAAGCCAGCCGAUUUGAGUUCUUCAAGGGGAUCCUGGCUAGCUUCGGCAUUCUGCGCGGUGGAGAUGAUGGAAACGGCCGGGUGAAGCAGCGAGUGGCCAGGAAAUUUAGAGAAUUGGACGAGGAUGGUGAGGGUAUCUCGCUAGCAGACGUUGCAACACUCCUCACGGAUGUCCUCGGACGGAAGCUGGAUCGUGAUGCCAUGUUGCGACUGGCUGCCAAUGUCUUCGACAACGCUGAAAAGUCAGAACAGGAUCUUCUGCAGCUGGGAGACGUCUUGGGCUCCCUUGAGGCUGUCACAGCGGACUUCAAUGCCCUUGUGAAAAGGAGGGAACAGCACAGCUCUGGCCAGACCGCCAAUGAUGGCGAGAUGUCUUGGGCCUGCGUUCAGAGACUAUCUGGCUUGGUAUUGCCACCUGACAGCAUUUGGCUGCGAAUUUGGGACACGCUGCGCAGGGUCGUGAUCAUUUACUUUAUGCUUGAGGUCCCCAUGCGCUUUGCCAUAAGCAAUGUGGACAUGCUGCCCGAGCCGAGCCGGACCAUCUUCUUGACGAUCAACGUCUCCUUCGAUUGCUUCAUGUUUCUGAACCUGCUGCUCACCUUCAUGCGGGGUUACGUCCAGAGCUCCGGUGUCACGGUCAUGGACUUCCAUCAGAUUCGCGUGCGAUACCUCCUGGGCAACUUCAGUUGGGAUGUUCUCGCCUGCUUUCCCAUUGACCUCCUGGUUGCUGGAUUCUAUGACUCGCGGGAGUAUGCGACAUGGAGGUUGUUCAAGCUACUCCACUUGCGCCACUUAUUUGGGAAAGGCCAGGGCCGCGUGUCGGAGAGCGGAGGAGGUUUCCUUUUCACCUGCUUCAAGAUCAUGCUGCAGCUCUAUGUGCUCUUGCACUUCAUGGCCUGUACCCUCUGGUAUCUUGGCAAUGGGAUUUCUUCGGGCUACGACGGGCCUGGAUGGUUCCGCAUCUAUGAAGGCAUGUCGCACCGGCUGGGUGUCGUGAACCAGCCACAUGUGCCGGUACUGGAGCAAUAUGUGCUGUCUUUGUAUGGGAUGAUGCUCCUGUUGACAAAUGACAGCACCGAUCUGCUAAACCCCUCCAGCUACUACGAGCUGGGAUGGCUCAUAGUCUGCUUCAUCGUGUCCGUGGCCCUGAAUGGUCACAUUGAUGGAGCCCUGGUUGGGAAAGUCAUCUCACAGGACGAGUCCAUUGUGGAGUCACGGGUGAUGCGAUCUCGGGUCGACACCUUCAUCUCGAACUCGGGCCUGCCUCCGGAGCUCGCUGAGCAGAUCCGCCUCAACACCUCCACGACGGAGGCUUCGGGUUCGGUCCCGAAGGGCGACCGAACCGCCGAUCAGCGAACGAUGGAGGCCGUGCUCACGAGCCUGUCACGCGGCUUGCUGACCCGGAUUGGUCGCCGCGUGUUCCUCAAGUGGCUGCAGGGUGUGGGGGUCUUCAAAGGCUGCUCCGAGCCUUUUCUGCUGCAACUUGCGACCACUUCCCGACUAUGGACAUUCUCCGCCGGUGCGUUCGUUAGCAGAGUGGGUGAGCCAGCGACUUUCCUCGUCAUACUUCGGUCCGGCGCAGUUCAGAUCCGCGACGCGAACAACGACGAGGUCGACCGGGUGGAGGAGAAGGGCACGGCGUUCUGCGACAUCUCCUGCAUGUUCGGCCUUCGUCACAAGAUGGCCAUCAUCUGCGAGGAGGAGACACAGCUCAUCAAGCUUCGUGCCGAGGACCUCCACUUCGCAAUGCAGCUACACCCAAAGGAUCAGGAGACCAUUAACGGCAAUGUGGUGAAGGUGAUUCCAGAGGCACAGACGAUGCACCGAGAUCCGGCCAACGAGGGAGUUGGGGCUGCGAUGGGCAUGCCGAUGACGAUGCUCCAGGAUGAUGACCACUCUGCUGCACAUUCCGUGAGCACGAAGCGCAGACGGCGGGUCGCAGGUGGCGUGGACCUCUUCGCAGAUCUGGCCAUCCACGAUCUGAACCUGGAGGGUGUGGCCGAAGUCCGCAGCAUGAUUCGGACGCAGCAAGAGAAGAAGGCCCAGCAGCGCGUAAAUGACUUCAUCGAGUUCGCAGCACAGGGAAAGUGGGAGAUGAUGGAGACCAUGCUCAAGGCGAACAAGGUCACAGUCGAUUCAGGGCGGCUCGGUGGAACUGUGUGUAAGGUUGGGCCACAUGCAAGCCUGAUGUCAGCAGGGUUGGGCCUUUUGGUUUGA